AUGGCGCCGACAAUAACACAUGAGCGAGGUGCCAAAAUGGGUAUAUAUGUCAUCGCAAUUUCAGGGGGAAACACUCUUGGUCCUCUGAUAUGUGGCUUUAUCGUUACAAAUCUCUCCUGGCGAUGGCACAAAUGGAUCAGCGUGAUAUUCACGGGACUCAACUUUGUCGCAAUCCUGUUUCUGGUUCCGGAAACAAGAUAUAGGCGUGAAGGAUUUGGCCAAGCUGGCGUGACUGUAGGCCUGUCGACUGAUGAUGUCGCCAUAGCUGACGAGAAGAUGCCUCAACGAUCGUUCACUGGAUUAUCACUGAAGCAGGUGCAACACAAGACGUGGAAACAGGAACUCUUUCUGUGGUCCGGGGUGGAGAAAACCAAUCUGGCAAAGAUGUUUGUGCGACCAUUCCCAAUGGUUGUAUAUCCUGCAGUCAUCUAUGCCUUCCUUGGAUACUCAAUCUCUCUGGUCCUGACAGUUGCCGUCAACAUGCUCAAUCCUUUUGUGCUGCAGGCGCCACCGUAUAAUUGGAGUCCACAGAUCAACGGUCUCAUCAAUAUCCCUGGCAUAGUGGGUAAUGUGUUUGGAGCCUGGGCUGGAGGUAACCUCGUAGACAUGUGGUGCAGGUGGCGGACGAGGAAGCAUCAUGGCAUUUACGAGCCGGAAAGUAGGCUAUAUCUGGUCAUCAUUCCACUUAUACUUACUACAGCGGGCUGUAUCUUGUUUGGAUAUGGUGUGCAGAACGAGCUGUCAUGGGUAUCUCUCUUUUUCGGCUAUGGUAUGAUCUCAGUUUCACUGACUGCCAUACCCACCAUUACAAUGGCGUAUGUCAGUGACUGUGCACUACCAGUCAACGCGGAUGUCUUGUUGCUCGUGAAUGGAUUGAAGAAUAUUGUGGCUUUUGGCUUCCUGUAUGGUGUGGUGCCUUGGGUUGAAGACACGGGCUAUGUGAAUGUCUUUGGUAUCAUGGCUGGUAUAUUCGCUGGCACCAGGAAGAACAGGUCCUAG